ACGAUUCACAACGAAUUUUUGUUUUAAUUUCUGAACAAAUCAUAAAAAUUAUUUCGAUUGCGUCAUUUUAAAAAAAAUCAGAAAAAAAUCUGAAAGAAAAAAUUUUUUCUACGCUCGCGUAAUUUUUGUGUGCUAUUUAAGGCGCCAAUUUUAUAAUUGAAAUUGAAAUUGAAAAGGAUCUGAAAUGGAUCAAAAGCGUGGAAAUGCUCGCCAAGGCGCCUCCAGGACGAGCGUUGCCUCGCGACAUGCUGCUGGUAUGCCGGCCAAUGCUGCUAACGUGGCACGCAAAUACGGCAGCGAGGUCAGCCUAACGCCCAGCCAGGCCAGGCAGAACGUGGAGAAUCCACGCAAGAGUCCAUUGGAUGCUUUGAGUCGCAUGAAUUAUCGCCAGGAUCCGUUCCAGCGCCGUUCAGGCUUGCAGGAUGUGGACGAAUCGUUCUUGGCCUCGAACGCUUUUGCUCGUCCCUCACGCUUGCGUCACUCGGGUCUGGAAGCCAGUAAUGUGCCUGUGGCUGGCACUCAGCAGCCGGCUGCCAAUGCUGCUGUCGCACCCAUACGUGUCGCCUCUGGCCAAGAGCCGCUGCAAUCUCAGGUGCAAUAUCAGCAACAGCAGCCACCUCUAAUGCAGCAGCCGCAGCAGCAGCAGCCGCCGCAGGCUGCUCCGACACCACAGCAGGCUCUCGGCAAUAUUGCUCCGGCACAAGUACAAAUGCAACAGCAGCAACAGCAGCCGCCUGCAGCGGUGCCACAACAGCCGCCAUUGGCAGUGCCCGCACAGCAGCCGCAGCAAUCGAUGCCGCAACAGCAGAAUCAACAGGCGCCACAAUAUGUGCAGCCACCGGCAGCUGGUCAGCCCACUCGCCAUGAUCCCUAUCCAAGUGGACGAGCCCAUGUGCAGCAUCAGCAGCAACCGGAAGUGCAGCAGCAGCAGCAGCAAAUGGUGCAGCAGGAUGCAAAGGGACAAGGUCAAGCUCAAGCUCAAGCACAGAUGCAGCAGCAGCAGCCAAUGCAACAGCAACAGCAGCAGCAGCCACCGCCGCAGAUGUCGCCACGCAAAUACCAACAAAUGCAACAGCAACAACAUGCACAACAAGCACAGCAGGAGCAAGAACAACAGCUAGAGCAACAGGGCGAUUUGGGGUUGGGGAUGACACUGAUGCAAUCAUCGCCACCACCACAUAGCUAUCGACACUCACGAGCCUAUCGCCACUUCAAGAACCCGCCACAGCCCCACAUGUGCAUUCGCACCACCACUGAAACUGGCGAGGAGUUGUUUAUCAAUGUGCUAAGCUGGACUCGUAUUGUCAUACCACAGGAGCCCAGUGAUCCUAUACCUUUGUAUGGAGGCAUGCGCGUGCCGCCUGGCAGCCCGCGCAGUCCACCCAUUGUGUUUGCCGUUAUGGCGAAUCCUGAAGUGCUCAAAGACUCGGGACGCCAUAGCAAGGAUCCCGAGGAACGACGCGCUAUGGUAGAGCUAAUGUGCGAUUUUGUGGAGGCUAUGAAUCCCGGCGUGAAACUAGUCAGAAACGCCGUCAUACUCAAGGAUCGUGACAUUUCGGGCGAGCUUAAGGAUGUCUGGAAUGCUGUGCAGGCGCAGCGGGACCGUGAGCGUGAGGAGCAAAUGUUACAACAGCGCCAGCAGCAGCACUAUCAAAACAUCACUACGCAACAAAUGUUUCCCAAGUCACCGGAUGCAAUGCGUGCUGGAAGUGCUGCUCAGUCAAAUGCAUCCGAGAUCGGCUUGCCGCCAGCAUAUAAUGCCGAUCUUAUGGCGGCUGAGCAUGGGAACGGCAUUACACUGGCCGUAUUUGCCCAGCAGUUGGAUAACAAGGUAGCCAGUGAGCAGUCGGAUGAGCAGCAACAGCAAGAACAACAAGCGGGUAGCAACGAGUCAACGCCUGGCGAUUCUUGCGGUGAUCAAACGGAUGCAGGUGUCGUUGUUAAUGGCAACAGCGGCUCUCCAUCUGCUACAGAGACUCUAUCAACAGUCGAGCAAGUGACCCAAGAACCAGAGAGCAAAUCAGCCAAUACGACUACCAGCAAUGGUUGUAGUACUCCAACAAAUGUGACAACAGCUCCAGCGCCAAACGCUGCUGCUGUUCAGCCUACAGUCAUACCUACGCCCACGCCUCCUGCAGCCACGCCACCUCCAGCAGCGCCAGUAAAGAAGGAGAAGCUUGGUGGCUUCUUGCCCAAUGGUUGCAUAUUCCCGCGCUUCAAGAAUAACAAACACAAGGAUAAGGAUGGCAAUCACAAGGAGAGCAAGAGCAAAGAGAAAACGCUGCUGAAUGCGCUGAAGAAGAGUAAGGAGAAGAAGGUGGCACCCAGCGAGCAAGCGCCCAGUGACAAAACAGCCACGGAGAAUGGCACCACACAGUACGAGAAGAACUGCAUCAACAAUCUCGAGUGCGAGGUGCAGAAACUCGACCUGAAUAGCAGCAACAACGACAACAAUAUGUUCAUCAAGCUGAAAGUGGCGCCCAGUGCAGCAUCGGCAGCGGCUGCUGCGGCCAAGUAGAUAAGUAUAACUGAUAACGAUGAUAACAUAAAGUUUCAUAAGUAGGAAGAGUAAAGGAUAUCCGAGUAAACAGGCACGAUACGAGUAAUGAGUAGAGAGAGAACUACCUUUCGGGUAGCACUAGCACUUCACUAGCACCUAGGAGUAUUUAGAGUCGUGGACGUUUAAUAUAUACAAGAUUUACAUAAAUCAUACAUACAUAUAUAUAUAUAUGUAUACAAAGUACGUUUAUAUAUGAAUAUAUAUAUACAAUAUAUACAGUUGUAUCAGUCAAUUUUUGAAGGCAAAUCGACAGACUCUCAAUGUAAUAACUGAAAAAAGAAAAAUAUAAUAUUGUGCCAUG